CUGCGCCCAAGAAAUUAUGGACGUCGGUGGGAAUGGUGCUGGGCUUCCUGUAAACAAUAAACAGAGAGCUAUGCUACCUAACAAAACCAGGGGCGAAUUUACCCGCAACCCAAGAAAAGACUCAGAGGGGCUGUCUGAGUCUCCAGACCUUGAAUUUGAAUAUGCUGAUACAGACAAGUGGGCUGCAGAGCUGUCAGAGCUGUACAGUUAUACUGAAGGACCAGAGUUUGCUCUCAAUAGGAAGUGCUUUGAGGUGGAAUUCAGAACACAUGUGUCUGAUAAGAAGUGGACGGAGCUUGAUGCAGCUCAACACAGAGCUCACGCCAUGCGAUUGUUGGACGGUCUGGAAGUGAUUGCGCGGGAGAAGAGGCUGAAGGUCGCCAGAGCUAUUCUUUACAUGGCUCAGGGAACCUUUGCAGAGUGCAGCUCUGAGGCUGAGGUGCAGUACUGGAUGAGAUACAACAUCUUUCUGCUGCUGGAUGUGGGGACCUUCUCUGCUCUGGUGGAGCUGCUCAACAUGGAAAUUGAUAACAGCGCUGCCUGCAGUAGUGCUGUUAGGAAACCAGCCAUCUCCCUUGCUGACAGCACAGAUCUCAGAGUGCUGCUUAACAUAAUGUACCUGAUGGUGGAAACGAUACAACAGGACGACCCAGCGGACAAGCCUGAGUGGAAAAUCAUCAGGGAAACCUUCAGGGCAGAACUCGGAUCUCCUCUGUUCAACAACGAGCCCAUUUCCGUCAUGCUCUUCGGGAUGGUUACCAAGUUCUGCAGUGGCCAUGCCCCUCACUUCCCAAUGAAGAAGGUGUUGUUGCUGUUGUGGAAGAGCAUACUGUUCACACUCGGAGGGUUUGAGCAGCUCCAAACCAUAAAGGUUCAUAAGCGUGAAGAGCUGGGUCUUCCUCCUCUCCCGGAGGACAGCAUUCGAGUCAUUCGCAGUAUGAGGGCCGCUUCUCCACCUGCAUCUGCAUCCGAUCUCAUAGAGCAGCAGCAAAAACGGGCACGCCGCGAACACAAGGCCCUGAUCAAACAGGACAACCUCGACGCAUUCAACGAAAAGGAUCCUUACAAGGCCGAUGACUCUCGUGAGGAUGAGGACGACAACGACGACAAUGACAACAAUAUAGAGCCAGAGACUUUCCCUCUAGAGAGGGACGAGGUGAUGCCUCCACCUAUUCCUCAUCCUCCAACAGAGAGGGUGUCCUUCCCCAGAGGACUGCCGUGGGCUCCUAAAGUCAGGGAAAAAGACAUUGAAAAUUUCCUGGAGUCAAGUAGAAGUAAAUUUAUUGGUUACACCCUCGGAAGUGAUACAGAUACAGUUGUUGGUUUGCCCAGGCCGAUUCAUGAGAGCAUAAGGACGUUAAAGCAGCAUAAGUACGUCUCCAUCGCUGAGAUACAGAUUGCAAAGGAAGAGGAGUUUCAGAAAACCCCUCUGUCUGGGGGUGAAGAGGAGGUGGAAAUGUCCGCCACUGAGCUGCUCUAUCAGGGAAUUCUGCCCAGUUUGCCUCAAUACAUGAUCGCUCUACUGAAGAUUCUGCUCGCAGCAGCUCCGACUUCCAAAGCCAAGACGGACUCCAUCAACAUCCUGGCAGACGUGCUGCCAGAGGAGAUGCCGACCACAGUGCUGCAAAGCAUGAAACUUGGUGUUGAUGUGAAUCGACACAAAGAGAUCAUUGUGAAGGCCAUCUCUGCUAUUCUGCUGCUGCUCCUGAAACACUUCAAACUUAACCACAUCUACCAGUUUGAGUACAUGGCCCAACACCUGGUGUUUGCCAACUGCAUCCCCCUCAUCCUGAAGUUCUUCAACCAGAACAUCAUGUCUUACAUCACAGCUAAAAACAGCAUUUCAGUACUUGACUUUCCUUAUUGUGUGGUGCAUGAGCUGCCAGAGUUAACUGCAGAGAGUUUGGAAGCAGGAGACAACAAUCAGUUCUGCUGGAGGAAUCUGUUCUCUUGUAUUAACCUGCUGAGGAUCCUCAACAAACUGACCAAGUGGAAGCACUCCAGAACAAUGAUGCUGGUGGUGUUCAAGUCUGCUCCCAUCCUGAAGAGGGCGCUGAAGGUCAAGCAGGCCAUGAUGCAGCUCUAUGUCCUCAAGCUGCUCAAAGUGCAGACCAAAUACCUGGGGCGCCAGUGGAGGAAGAGCAACAUGAAGACCAUGUCUGCCAUCUAUCAGAAGGUCCGACAUCGGCUCAAUGACGACUGGGCCUACGGGAACGAUCUGGACGCCCGUCCCUGGGACUUCCAGGCCGAGGAGUGUGCUCUGCGGGCCAACAUUGAACGCUUCAACAGCCGCCGCUACGACAAGACCCACAGCAACCCGGACUUCCUGCCUGUGGACAACUGUCUGCAAAGUGUCCUGGGACAGCGGGUGGACCUGCCCGAGGACUUCCAAAUGAACUACGACCUCUGGCUGGAGCGGGAGGUCUUCUCCAAACCUAUUUCCUGGGAAGAGCUGCUACAGUGAGAAUCAACGACCGGCAACAUCCUCAUGUUUUUCUAAAACCGUUUGAAGCAGGAGUUCAGACAAACCACCAACAGUGCUCUCAGCAUUAUGUUACAUGUUCUGUACAGACUGAAGGUGACGGAUGGAUUUCACUCUCUGAAGUCGCCCAGGUGGAGACUUCCAAUCAACACGUUUUACAGUUUGCUUUACAUGAUGAACUGUUGAGACUUUUCCCCACACUUUUAAUGAACCAGCUGAUGAUGAAGUCAGAGCGUCACAUGUGGACGUAAACCCGACCCCCACCUUACCUUACUGCUCUGUGUGCCUCCUGCCUGCUACAGAACGUUUGACCUUGAAGCACUACAUGACAGUUUUCUUCAUUUUAAAGAGAUUUAUCGGGAUUAAAUUUUAAUGUUUUAACUGUUAAGACUAACAGGCGUGUGCUUUGUUGAGGCAUCACAUUUAAGAUGUUAAUAAAUAUCACAUUCCCAGGUACAUCUCAUCAGUUUCUCCUCCUCACAGAGAUGACAGGCGCGGGGUCGGGGUUUUUUUGUCUUAAUUUCUCUAUGUACAAAUAAAAACCUGUUUUACUUUUUAAUAGUUAUUCCCUGAAGGGCACAAUCCUCUGUUCACCUGACUUACCCUCUGUUGUUCAGCUGAUGAUUUGAAUUGUAUUUGCAUUAUUCUGAGUUUCUCACCUGAGUGCUGCCGACACACUUUUACUCUGGGACCAUGAACGCAACCUUCUCUGACCACCAGGCUGAAUGGACAUGAUGAUACAGCCUUGACUUUGUUUUUAAACCUCAAGUAACCCAUUAAUAUCUUAAUUUGUUGAUUUGCUGUGUGGAAAUGGUUGCACAUGUUAUUAUUUGAUUGUGUGAGAGAGAAGAGAAACACAUACGUUUCUGGUGUGAGAUGAGUGGUUUCUGAGCUGAGCGGUUACAGAACCAUUUUCUUUUGUCUUUUUCUACCUUUCAACUUUUUUUGUUCUUUUGUUUUGUUAUAAAGCUUAAGGAAAUGAAAUACAUGUAAAUUGUGAAACUUAUUUAUCAUGGCUUUGUUUUUGUUUUACAUGGACUUAAAUACUGUAAUAAAAUUAUAC